GUGAACAUACCUGAUUGUAUUUUAGAAUGAAAAUUGAUUUCCUUGAAGACUACAAUGAAGUAAGAUUCGAACAACUGUCAGUUGCAGUUUCAACGUAAAGACAAUUCAGGUUGUUUUCAGACACAGUAACCUCUGUAGCUCAAUAGUAUUGCCAACCUUCCGUCAUGUCAUCUGAUGUUGCCUUGACAACCGCACUGACCAUACUCAUUAUUGUGGACAUCAGUGGUAACUGUUUGGUCUGUUGGGUCGUCAAGAGAAAUCGGGAUAUGAGGACACCGUUUAAUUGGCUGCUUGUCAAUCUAGCUUUAGCAGACAUCACAUUCGCGUUGUUCCAAGUACCGAAUCACAUUUUAACGUUCACCCCCCCUGACGGGACCAUUGGCUCAGCUUUAUGCAAAGUGCUCACCGCUGGUAAUGUGGCUUGGGUUGGGGCGGCGGCUGGAUCCAUUACUCUGGUCGUAAUAGCAUUUGAACGUUACUAUACCGUCAGGUGUCCUGUUAGUGGCAAAGGAAAACUUACCAAAAAUACAGUGAAGGUUAUCAUUCCUGCUUGUUGGAUCUUUGCAGCGGCAGCCAACAUACCUCUUUUCUUAGUUACAAAAUAUGAUGAGAAAACAGGAGAAUGUCAGUGGAACUGGCCUGAAGACUGGAUGGGUGCGGCGAAUGAGACCUCAUGGCUUGUGCUGUUGGCCUGUAUUCCUUUGACACUGAUGAUCGGCUUAUACUCGAGGGUCGUCUAUGAAUUGUGGUUUAAGCCUCGUGAUGGUCCUGAAGUCGUUUGUAGGUACAAGGGAAUACUGAGAGUGCGCAAACGAGUCACAUUGAGUGUAAUCACCGUCAGUGUUAUCUUUGGAGUCUGUUGGAUCACAGGCCUUCUUAUUUACGUCUUGAGUUACUAUAACAUUCUUGUGUUUGGUUCAGCUUCUCACGCCGUUUCUGACACUAUGUUUAUGGUUAAUUCUUGUGUCAAUCCUUUCGUGUACGCGCUGCUCAACGAACGUUUCAGGCAGAAGAUCAAGGCAAUGUUACACUGCACGUGCAAAUCAAAAAGAUACUCCCCUGCAACACACGAGCCAGCAACGAUAAUCCAUCAUAAGCACCAACUAAAUACCAAGUGAAAAUCAAAACAAUUCAGAGGAAUUCACCAUAUUAACAGUGCAUAUUUUGAAAUAUUUUUAAUCUUGAGCAACCCGACCCACUUCCCACUAAUUAGAUCCUCUCUAGGAAAUAACCGCGUAGUGUUUGGAUCAGUCCUACGAUGUACUUAGAAAUAUUAAGUUUGUAACAUGUCUUAGAUAAGUGUCGACGUUUUGCCGAUAAAGGCUGAUUGCCCAAAGUCCUAAACAUGAUCCAGGUUUAUAGGUGGAUAGGUCGAAGCUCGCCACACAACCAUUACAUGAAAUCAUUGUCCAUAUAGGAGAGGAUGAACCAAGAGAGACCGUCCUCUUCUUUUAAAAUAUGCGCAACUCCCUUAGCAAGAAAAACUUAACAUUACAUUUUAGGGUAUGGGUUCCUGUUCGGAUAAUCAGUUGCACGGAAUGAUGUACAUACUGAAGCGCAAAGUUAGGCGCCUCAUCCUCCCUUGCUCAUGUAUUUAUAGUUUUAUUUAAGUGGCACUUAAACUUGUUUCUUUUGCUUAAUAUUUGAUUUUUGAGAAGAAAUAACAACGAUAAGAAAUAUUCAUCGUUAACUUUA